CUGAUUUCUAUUUUCAAAGUGUCGCCAUUGAGCAGCUGGGGAGGAUCGUUUGACGAUCUGGUGUGUGGCGAUGGAAAAAUUUGUGGAGAUCCUUGGUCGCCAAUACCUAGCAGAGACGGGUCAGUUGAGCUGAACGAUCUGGAAAGGAGAAGAAGAAGUAUGGGCACUCUAAGGAGCGCCUAUAGGGAAGACUAUGAUGACGACAUUGAAGUGAUCAGGCAACAACCACUACCUAUGGACGUGCGCAGUAUGAGAGCUCCAGUGGAUGCUGACUACUACCCGAUGCCUUUGCUAAUACGUCCACGCCAUAGCGUGCCCGAAAACAAUCGAACCUUGGCAAUCAGCGAGAAACCGAAGAAAAGGCGGCGGAAAAAGCGCGUCACACGUUCUGUCAAAAAGAGAAAACCAUUGCGCAGAAAAGGACCUGCUGCUCACCUCUCUGGCCAUACAUCGUCAGCACACUCAGUAGUACGAGUCCAUCGAAUUCAACCGAUACCUAUUCGAUCCUCAUCUGAGCCCCGAAUGAUACCUCCAGUUUACGUCCGUUUACAUCAAAACAAAAGAGUCAUCAGAGCUCCUCGA